UACAUAUUUGCUGAGGGAUUUAAUGAUAACCGCUUCAGUGUUACUGUAAAGGACCAAAAGUUUGAUCUUAACAUUAAUGAAAUAAGAGAAGAUGAUGGAGGAGAAUAUUUCUGUGGAUAUGUGGAGGGAAGUACAGUAAAGUUCACAUCUGGAACACGUCUGCAGUUUGAAGGAAAAACUUCUAACAUCAAGAAUCUUCAUGCGAAAACAGUAAAGAGAGGAGAAGCUGUAACUAUGGAGUGUAACAUUAGUGAGGUCAGAAGCAAAUAUGCUAUCGCUUGGUACAGACAGAGUUUUGGAAAAGUGCCUCAGUUUUUGGUGAGACCGUAUAGUCGCACUCUGGGCUACACAUUUGUUGAGGGAUUUACUGAUAGUCGCUUCAGUGUUACUGUAAAAGACCAAAAGUUUGAUCUCAACAUUAAUGAAAUAAGAGAAGAUGAUGGAGGAGAAUAUUUCUGUGGAUAUGUGGAUGGAAAUAUACUAAAGUUCACAUCUGGAACACGUCUGCAGUUUGAAGGUGAAGAGAUGAAACCCUGUCCUACACCUGGAACACUUAACAAGAACACACACUCUGUUACACACCAGGGUUCAAACAGCAGAGAUGGAGAAGGAAAAACUUCUGACAUCAAGGAGCUUCAAGUGAAAAUGGUAAAGCAUGGAGAAUUUGUAACUAUGGAGUGUAACAUCAGCAGGGACAGACACCGCAAUAAUUUAUUUUGGUACAGACAGAGUUUUGGAGAAUUGCCUCAGUUUUUGGUGAGACCGUACCCUGGCACUCUGGGCUACACAUUUGCUGAGGGAUUUAAUGAUAGACGCUUCAGUGUUACUGUAAAGGGCCAAAAGUUUGAUCUCAAUAUUAAUGAAAUAAGAGAAGAUGAUGGAGGAGAAUAUUUCUGUGGAUAUGUGGACGGAAGUACAGUAAAGUUCACAUCUGGAACAUGUUUGCAGUUUGAAGGUGAAGAGAUGAAACCCUGUCCUACACCUGGAACACUUAACAAGAACACACACUCUGUUACACACCAGGGUUCAAACAGCAGUGAUGGAGAAGGUGAAGAGAUGAAACCCUGUCCUACACCUGGAACACUUAACAAGAACACACACUCUGUUACACACCAGGGUUCAAACAGCAGAGAUGGAGAAGGUGAAGAGAUGAAACCCUGUCUUACACCUGGAACACUUAACAAGAACACACACUCUGUUACACACCAGGGUUCAAACAGCAGUUCUUCAUCAAGCAACCAUCAAACUCCCACCAAUCAGGCUGAUGAUGAAGAUGUCUUGAACUAUGCAGCUGUGAAUUUUGCUAAGAAACCUUCAUCCUCCAGAACAUCCAGAGACACGAGCCAUCAAGACGUUUAUGCACAAGUUAAAAUAAAAUAGAUGAACAGUAAUUAACCCUUGGUGAAAAACAAUAAAAAAGUAAUUA